AUCCAGUAAUAACAAACACCGACGCGUCUGACAGCAGUCUAAAAAGCACCAGAGCAGCUUCAAUCUGUUUGACAAAGUCGCCUGAAAAGACUGCUUUUAGUCCACUUACAAUGGGUCCUUUCGGCCGCUUUCACUGACACUAGUGAGCCUGUGUAUCAUCACAGACACUUAAGUGCAACCCUGUACUUUUCACCACCUCACUCUUUGCGCGCUUUUCCACAAACAGCCAGUUUAUUCACCUUAUCUAACAGCUUCCAAUCACUUAACCUCCCCUCUCCCCACUAGCCUCUGUGGUCCCCACCUGUCUGUCAGCUGCCUUCCUAAAAGGCUUCAACAUGCUGCGAGAGAGCUCCAAGGCGUGGAGCAAUGGCUCAGAGGCCUACAGCAGCGAUCCUGAAGAGGACGAGGAGGAGGAAGAGGACAUGGUGUUUGGGGACAACGAUCAGGACGGCUUAGCGGAGGAGAUGAUGGAUCUGAGCGACCUCCCCACGGCGCUCUUUGCAUGCAGCGUCCAUGAAGCCGUGUUUGAAGAGGACAUACACAGGGAGAGGUUCGAGGCAUUGUUUAGGAUCUACGAUGAACAGACAAAUUUCCAGAUGUUCAAAAGCUUCCGGAGAGUCCGGAUCAACUUCAGCACCCCAGAGGUCGCUGCCCGCGCUCGCAUCGAGCUGCACGAGUCCGAGUUCAACGGCAAGAAGCUCAAACUCUACUUUGCACAAGUCCAGAAUGGCGACGAGAACAUUGACAAGUCGUACCUUGCCCCUCCCCAACCCGUCAAACAGUUUCUGAUCUCGCCGCCUGCCUCGCCACCUGUGGGCUGGAGCCAGAGUGAAGACGCUACGCCCGGCAUCAACUACGACCUGCUGUGUGCAGUAGCCAAGCUAGGACCUGGUGAAAAGUACGAGCUCCACGCGGGGACAGAGUCCACCCCCAGCGUGGUCGUCCACGUGUGCGAGAGCGAGGCGGAGGAGGAUGAGGCAGCGCGGCCAAAGCAGCAGAUCGUCCAGACCAGACGUCCCGAGGAACCCCCCAAAGUCUUCAACUAGAGAGGCCUCCCCCCCAGACACCGGCGCGGCCUCUGACCGCCCCUUAAACCCACAACACACCUGCCCUCUCUCUCUCGUCUCUGCACUCACAGAGAGCGUCGAUGCCCCUCAUUUCAGUUCAACUACAAGCAAAAACAAACCAACAAACAUUGCUCGAAGAUGGUGUUUGUGGGGAGCGUGGCGAUGGAAUGAGGCGGCUUGAAGGGGAUGGAUGAGAAUCACACACACACUCAUCACAUUCUGCGGACAGCGUGGGGAGCGGCAGGCGCGCUUGCCUCCACCCCACCAAUCCCCCUUGUUUUCAACAAGAGGGGUGGAAAUACCUGUCCCAACGCAGGCACCUGUCACUUAUCACACACACUCAGCUCUCAUUGCUAGUCCUUCUCAGUGGCUUGCUAGUUAGUUAGCUUAUUGGCUUGUACCUCUCCCUUUGUCUCACAGUCGUGUGUACAAUAAUUCUUUGUUAAACAGACUUUAUUUUUUUUACAAUAGUGUUU